UUGGGGAGAGGAAGUGGGAGAAUUAUGCAGAAGGCAACUCACCACUGAGUUAAUAGUUGUGAGAUUGAAACACAAAGUUUCAAGAUUCUGAGAAAAAUGAACAAGACCAACUUCACCAGACUCUUUCAUUCCACUCAUCACUUGCAACGCAAAGCUCACACCUUUCGGGAAUCCAGAUGCAACGAUCACUCGAGAAGAUUCGGAAGACUUCGUGCCAAACAAACACUUCUCCGCGAUGUCAAUGCUUACGCGCAAUUCAUGUUUCAGAGUGGGAAAGAAGAUGUUGAUGAGGAUGAUCCUUCUCCCAGUCAAGGCCCGUCUUGGUUCAGAAAACACUCUGGAAGGCACUGGAAUGGCAAACAAAGAUCAAAACAUCGGUUCAGAAGAGGUCAUGAAUUUUGCAAAGAUGAUUUUGAUGUUGAGACUGGUUUUCGCUCUUCCUUCGGUGGCAAUGGAUCUUUCUAUUGGUCCUUUAUAAAUGAGGAAAAUCGUCAGAAGAGGUCAGGAGGUUUUUCUAAUAACAGGAAAUCUCAGAAGUGGAGACAUCAAAGUGAAAAUGAAUAUGGCAAAUCAACCAAAGCAGAGUCUGAUUGUUCACACUCAGAUGUAGUUUCAUAUAGAUUAGCCCUUGGAUUGAGUGAUUCUGGCCCUCUGAAACUUGAAGAUGUGAAAAAUGCGUACCGUAUAUCUGCUUUAAAGUGGCAUCCAGAUCGUCAUCAAGGCUUUUCUAAGGUUAUAGCAGAGGAAAGGUUCAAGCAUUGCAGUGCUGCUUAUCAAUCUUUGUGUGAUAAACUGACCUUGUAUUAGGGAGUAAGUGCUUGUUUACUCCUUUUUCCUUUAAAAUGGAGAAGUCAAACUGUAAUAUCAAACAGUUUAGAAUAACUUGUACACAUUGUUCAACCAACUAAGCUAAACCCUUGCUACAAUCCUGUGGCUCUUAGCAAUGAAUAAAUGCCCAUGCUAAUUUAUUGUACACAAAACCCAUUUCUUUAUAUUUUUGGCAUGUAUAAAUUCUAUUGUUCUGGAAAAUUGAUUGUAUGGUGCUUCAUAUCACCAAUUUAGAACUAGACCACUUCCAUUCCUUUUCAUCAAUUUAUGUAUACUGAAGGAGUGAAGUGAGAUAUUGUUCUCCAACAUAUUUCAAUUCUUCAUUCAUAUGUCUUCUGAUUUUCUUUCAAUAAACGGAAAGAAUUUAGCUCUGCC